GCUCAGUCGCUUUGCACGACAUAAAAGACGCCCGUCCGCUUAGAACUGACCCUUGCGCAGUCGACGCUGAGCGGAAACGGCGACGGCGGUGCAAUUACAACGAAAAUUUCCGUCGAAGGGAGGCGUGAGACUUUAAAUAGCUCAUUGCCUGCCGAAAUGCCAGUUGUCUUUAAGCCGGCGAUCAAGUAAAUAGGCCUACACGCCAGAACCGGCGUUAAAUGUCAUAGUGUGCGUUCUCAUCUACCCACUUGCGGAUGUUCUUGCUCUUCGGGUUCGGUUCCAUACCUGUGUCUAACUUCUGAAUGAUGAAAUAUGCGGCCGUCGCGUCUGAAUCGCUCAACUGCCCUGAGGAGAACGACGAGAUGCUGAGCGACAACUUCCCAGCCAGCGCCCCCUUCAGCAUGCGCUCCAGCCCGCGCCCCGAAUCGCUCAGCCCUCGGAACCGCUCCCCCGUCAGCUGCCUGAGCGGGAUGGCCGAGCAGCACCUGUACAGACGCGACCCUUCCCAGCCCAGCUACACCCCUUACCAGCCUCCCCUGGGCCUGCCCUCAGGGUACAGCCCGCCCACGCCCUUCCCCAGCCAGGCCGAGGGGUGCCUGAGCUGCCCCGACGCCCACAAAAGUUCGGGCCCGUACCCGAGUUUCGCCAGCAGCUUCUACGGGAGAGGGUACCCCAACAGCGUGCCCUUCUGUAUGGCCCCGUCGGAGUACCCCAGCCUUCUGAGCCAAGACUGCCACCACCAGACCAAGCUCUCCUCGCUCGGCCCCAGCUGCAGCAGCCUGGAGCAGCCCCGGUCUCUGCACUCCUUUCCCCCAAACUACUUCAUGCCCCCUCCCUACCUCUGUGCCCCCCAGGGCGUGGGCUGCUGCACGCAGUGCCCAGCUGAAGGCCUCCGCAUGGGCCCCUCGCCCCACCACUAUCUCAGGCCGGGGCACCACGUGCCCUACGGACCCCCAGGUCCAGACCGCUGUGGCUGUUCAGACACUGACUCCGCUCAGAGCGAGUAUCCCCAUCCACACCUGAGGCCCAACACCACACCCUGCAAAACACCCCUCUCCUUGCAGCACCGGAAGGUAUUUGUCACGUACGAGGCCGACAGUGACAAGCACGUUAACGAGAUAAUCAAGUUUGUGGCGUUGCUACGACACAACGGCUUCGACAUGCGAAUUGAUGUAUUUGAACAGCAGUUCAGAAGCAUCAGCAAAAUCGACUUCAUGGAGCAGUUUAUCAAUGAGAAAGACUACCUGAUCAUCAUAGUCAUCAGCCCUAAGUACUACGAGACCGUGACAGCUGCCAGCAUCAGCCGGGACAAUGAUGAGAGGACCCUGAACACAGUGUACAUACACAAGCAGCUGCAGAACGAGUUCAUUCAGAAUGGGUGCCGAAAUUUCCGAUUCAUACCCAUCCUCUUUCCUGGUGCGAAAAAGUGUCACGUGCCCACAUGGCUGCAGAACACGCACGUCCACUCGUGGCCCAAGGACCGUGACGACAUCCUGCGCCGGCUGAUGCGCGUGGAGAAGUACAACCCGCCCCCCAUCGGGGACCUGCCUACCAUUGUCUCCAUCCCUCUCUAGCGCCCCCAUCUGUGCUGGAGUGGGCCUCCCCUGUUGAAAUGCUACCCCCUCCCCCCGCCAGGACUGAUCAAGGGGGGGGGGGGGUCCCGCCCCCUUUUUCCUGCAGAUGAACUCACGCAUCCUAUUUGACUGGACAGUGCCCUCCUCCACCUACCUAUGACUGUCCCGCGGCCGGACUGUGGGGUUCCUCCCUGUGCCUCCCGGCUUUUUCCGUGGGCUGGUGACUUUAGGGCUAGGAUGCGCCCUUGGGCUUCUGUGAGAGUUUCUGUUAUUUUGUCUUGAUUUUGGUUUUGGGGCUUAAAGAGAAAAGCAGAUUUUAUGUCUUUGCUCAGAACUUUCAU